UUCAAGUAUGGGGUUGCUUGUGUGGUCUUCAAAUGGGACCCUUCGGAAAAAUUGAAGGAUUGGAAAUAUUAAUGCCAUGCUACUUUACGCAGAAAAAACAUGCCUCUACGCUGGCGGUUCCAGUACGACAACGAACCAAGCACACAGCGAAAAUAAUAAAAACAUUUUUUGCAGUUCACAAUAAUAAUGUCGUUAAGUAGCCAGCUCAGAGUCCAGACCUUAACCUAUGUGAUUUAGUUGAACAAAAAAUUCGGACUGAACAUCCAGAAAAGUUUAAAAAUAGUGCUGAACUAUUUGAAAUAAUCGAAGUCGCAUGGAAUUAUAUUCCAAAAGAAACAAUAGAUAGCCUAAUUGGUUCUAUGAGAAGAAGAUGUCUAGCAGUUAUCAAAAAUAAAGUAUUAGCUU